CUUCCCCUCUCAGUAUCAGCCUCUCCUCGUCUGCGAGAGCACAGCGACAGAGACAGCCAGAGAGCCAAGGCUUGGAUUACAACAGGAGCGUCACAGAGGGAAUAUAACACGCUUCGACUGAGACUUACACAGAGACACACCACUCUCAUACACACACACACACACACACACACACACAAAUACACCCCAUUUCAAGGGCCGAAGACUCACAGAGAGGCAAACAUGGGGAGCAGCAUGUCAUGUGUUCCCCAGCACAACUUCAGGUUCUCCAGCAAGAGCUUCAUCCGCAGGAACAGCAGCAAGCUGUUCCGCAAGAAGUUCCCCCAAGAGGGCCAGGAGAAGUCCAACAGCAUCAUCAACAUCCUCUGCACAGUUACCCCCAGAAAGGAGAUGUCACCGAAGGACCUCCAGUCGAUAGACAAGAUCAAAUGGGACCCGCCGUUCCCCUACGAUCCCGCCAGCGGCUGGAAGAAGAGCAGCAUCAACGUGAAGAACUAUGGCCGCAUGAUCCACAGCUCCAAAGUGCGCUUCCGUUUCCUGCACUGCCAGGAUGUGCAUGACUGUUUUCUGGACCUCUUUCAGACUCACCUCCACUUUCUGUCUAACAACGGCAGUGGACUCACCUACCAGGGGACUCUCCCACUGAAAGAGCUCACCCUGCGCAAAGUGCAGAGCCGCAGCAGCUACAACCAACCACAGGAAUUUGCUUUCCAGAUAAAUGGUGUCAGCUUGAACCCCAUCAUCGUGUACUGCGCCAACCAGAAAGAGAUGGACAACUGGUUCGGGCUCCUGAAGGAGCAGAUUGAGGCUAACGGAGGAACACCUAUCACAGCUGAGACAUACGCAGAAUUAAAGGCCCAGACCACAGAAGAUGGCGGCGAGGGGAAAGAGGAGCUGAGGAACUCCAUCAGCAACGAGCCCAUCUACGAGUGGGAGGGCUCCCAGAGAGAGAGCCUGGGGAACAUCGUCUACGUGACCAAAGUCAUGAUCCAGCACCUGCCCUGCCAGGAGAAAAGUGAGAGACUCCUGGUGAUGUACCCCGACACACUGAUCUUCCUGUCUGGGGAGAGUGAACGUCUCUUCUACAAGGGGAAACUUUCCCUGAACAUGAUCACAGUCACCACACCCUGUCAGGAGGUCAAGCCCAACACGUUCAUGAUCGAAGGCAAGCUGAUCAACCCCAUUAUCGUCUCGUGUCUGGACAAGAUGGAGUUUCAUGACUGGAUCCAGUAUUUCAAGGCGGCGGAUGUGCCAAUCGUAACCCCCCCUCCCCCCGUCUAUGAUAUCAUCUACACACCAACCCACAGAGAGGCUCCGGAGUUUGACAGGUGGAGCAGCCACAGCCACAGCCAGAGCCACGGCCACGGUCCGGCUGAGCCGCUGAGGCACAAUGGCCGGGUCUCCCACGAGCUGCCGUUUCCCAGCGGAGAGGAUAAUCCCCUGUCCCCCGGUUACAUGGAGCCCCUCUGUUAUGCCUCCAGUCGGCCUCCUUCCACCGAGACGCAGUACUCCGCCCGCCUGGGUAGCCGUAGCAACAGCAUUUCCUCUCACACCAGGCCUCACCCGGACCUCCGCCCGCUGUCCCUGCGGUACUCCUCGCCCCAGCGCUCCUCCCACCUCUACUCCGAGGUGAUCCAGUCCCCCGUCUACAACAUGCCCUACACCUCCGUCACCCGCAACGGCCCCCUCCAACGCGCCGAGAAGGCCCCCCUUAUUAAGUCCAACAGCUGGAGCACGCCGCAGUCCUCCCUCAAGUUCCACCACCUCUCCAACAACCCCCAGCGCCACUCGGACAUGUGUGCCCCCCCCAGAAAGCCCCUGUCGCCCCUGUACGACGACCCCUCCACGCCUGGCGGGUACCCCCCGUCGGGGAGCCAUGUAAAGCCGACGCAAUCCUGGCGUAGCGCCACUGAGCAGCAGUGCCCACCCCUGUUGCCCUCGACCUUCCGCCUCUGCACCCCUCCCCUGGGCAGGAGGACCAGGGCCAGCCUGGCACCGGAGCACGAGGCGGGCAGCAGCCACUGGGGAAGCGAGCAGCGUGCUGAUGCCGUUUCCAGACUCAAGAUGCUACCCGUGCCCAACACGGUGCCCGAGCACAGCAGCCUGCCACAGCGAGGUUUCUCAUCCCAUGCUGCCAUGGAGACCCAGCAGAUCACAUACGGCUACUCCCCAGAUGAAAAUUGCUACCUUGAGCCCGUUGAGCCGGAUGACCAGGAAAUGGACUACGAUAACAUUUGGGAAUAUGACUGCAAUAACGGGAUGAUUCAGCCCCGGUCUGGAAUUCUGCCACACCGGACAGUGACGGACUUCUGUGCCACGGGGCUCAGCAGCACCAUGGCAACACAGGCGAGAUGGUCAUAAAAAAAGCAACAAUGGGCAGCCUCCCGUCUGGACUUGUGCGCAUAGCACACUAAUCCCAGCAGCCGGGCGUCCGCUCUGUCAAAGCACCAGCGUCCAGCUGCAAGGGUCCGCACUCGUAUCUCUCGGUCUGUCUGUGUUUCCCUUCAGACUCUUAUCCAAACUCCAGUCUGUCAGUGCCAGCACAUGUUGACUGAUCGAGCUCAUCUUUCAAACUCUGUCAUGUUUAUGAUGGGACACCUCAAGGCUGUACAUAGACACGGUUUGCCGCUGUGCUAAAAAUUAUUUUGCCGUAGUUCAACAGGUGUUGAAAAUGUAAAUACUCUUCCUGAGCGCUUGAGAUGUUAUUUUCUUUCUCAGUGAUAUUUGUCAGUGCACUGUUGUAUUUCUUUUGUCAGGGGUUGUUUUCUUACGAUUUGUAAAGAUGGUUAUUUAUGAAUAUUGAACAGCAAGUAUGCAGAGGCUUUUUUUAAACUUUGUUAUUUGAUUAUGUAUUAUAUAUUUGAUAUAUGUAGACCCAAUUAGACCCCACUGAUGUUGUCCUCUUCUUAUCUGUAAAGAUAGCAUUCCUUUUACAGGAUACAACAGUUAGCUAUUUAUUUUGUGUUUACAAGACAUUUCGACUGCCUAUAAAAAACCUGUAGCAUUUUGAAUUUGUAACUCAAAUGAUGUUGAUGUGUGGGUUGCUACUUAAGUUUGUUGUGUUUUCUAUUUAUUUUUUAAUAAAAAAUGUGUUUAAGUCAUA